AUGGCAGAUGAAGCAUCAGGCAUGAUUAAUUCAGGUGCCCUUGAAAACAAUAAUAGAGUUGCAAUGCUGGGAGAAACAUCAGAUUCAAACGACAUCAAUUUUGAACUUCGCCCAAAUAAGCGUUUGAGGCAUGACAACAAUGAUGUCUCAUUUGCUGCAAGAUUCAAAGGGGUGGUGCCACAACAAAAUGGUCAUUGGGGUGCACAGAUAUACGCAAACCACCAAAGAGUUUGGCUUGGCACAUUCAAAUCAGAAAACGAAGCGGCUAUGGCUUAUGAUAGUGCAGCAAUCAAGCUUCGAAAAGGUAACGACUCGCAUCGAAAUUUCCCUUGGACCAACCUCACCAUUCAAGAGCCUGAUUUCCAAAACCAUCUCACCACAGAAGAAGUAAUUAAAAUGAUUAGGGACGGGUCCUAUCCAUCCAAAUUUGAUGCCUUCGUUCGGUCACAAACACAAGCACAUAGUGAGGAAGGUGGUAAGGGUACUCCAAACCAAAUUAGGGUACAUGGAAAUGGACAAGUACUGUGUAGGCAACUAUUUCAAAAGGAAUUGACGCCAAGUGAUGUGGGUAAGCUUAAUAGGCUUGUGAUACCGAAGAAAUAUGCCGUUAAGUAUUUUCCUUGUAUUUCUGAGACAGCAGAAGAAAAUGGGGUUGACGAUGUUGAGCUAGUUUUCUAUGAUAAGGUCAUGAGGGCAUGGAAGUUUAGGUAUUGCUAUUGGAAGAGUAGCCAAAGCUUUGUGUUCACCAGGGGUUGGAAUCGGUUUGUGAAGGAAAACAACUUGAAGGCAAAUGAUGUGAUCACAUUCUAUGCUUGUGAGAGCGCUGAGUUGGUAAGAGAUGAAAGUGGAGAAGUUACUACUACGUUUUCUUUGAUUGAUGUAAUGCAUAGUGAGGGAGACAACAACAAAUGUUUAGUACAGGAGGAGGGAAAACUGGAACUAAAUCUGGGGGGAUAUAGCAGCUACAAAUUGCAAGAAAAUAAGGCAUCUAUGGAGCAGGAAAAAGAAGUAAGGCUCUUUGGCGUGAAUAUCAAAUGA